AUGGGUAAAUUCACUAUGCGGUUCCAUAGAUAUGACCACAAUUCAAACUAUAGCUACCUGGUGAUUCAGUCAUCGGCAAAUCAUAAUUAUGCAUGGAUUGCCAAUCGAAACCAACCCAUUUUGCACCCUUUGGAAAUUCUCACCUUGGACCAAAAUAAAACAUUGAAAAUUACACACGAAGAUGGUGACCCUGUUGUAUUUUACUUUGCAUAUGAAACUAGCAAUAGUGAUAAUAUUUCUGCUACCCUUUUAGAUUCUGGCAAUUUUGUCCUACAAGAUUGGAGAAAUGGUGGAUCAACCCAAAGGUUUUUGUGGCAAAGUUUUGAUUUUCCUUUAGACACCCUUCUGCCAGCUUCGGGUGCUUUCACUCUUGAUUGGGACUUGAAUCAACGAGAAUUGAAGAUUAGACGACACGGGGUAGUUUAUUGGAGUACUGGAGCUUUUAUGAAUGGGAGGUUUAAAUUUAUGUUGCCUGAUGAAACCAAGCUGAGGUAUAACUUUAGCAUUGUUUCAAAUGAAGAUGAAGACUCCUUCACUUACAAUCCUGUAGAUCAAAGUGGUAAAUCAGAGUUUGUGCUAACCAUAAUGGGGAGGCUGUAUGACUUUGACAGGAAAAUUGAUAUUGCAGAAGCAGAUUACUGUUAUGGCUCUAACACUGAUGCAGGGUGCCAGACAUGGGACCAACCGACUGUAGGAAUGAUGGUAAUAGAUUUGAGCAAGGAAGUGGUUACUUUAAUGUAA